AUGGACAAUACUACACGAUUCAUUCUUGAUAUUAUGAAUGCAGAAGAAGAAGAGCACCAAACAAGGAUGAGAAUGAGUGCGACUUACCUUCAUAAUCAGCGUGAAAGAGUAAAUUCUAUCUCGUAUCAUGGUGGUUCAACCAUGAAUCAUCGUGUAAUUGAUCGCAAUAGAGAAGAAGGUCAUGCUAGACUGUAUCGUGAUUAUUUUUCUAAUACGCCUUCAUAUAGAGAUACAGAAUUUCGUCGAAAAUUUCGGAUGCGUGAAUCAUUUUUUAUGCGAAUUGAAAAAGCAGUUACAGCUCAUGACAAUUAUUUUACUCAACCAACUGAUGCUAUGGAAAUUCGUGGUAUGUCUUCACUUCAGAAAGUGACAGCUGCAUUUAGGAUGCUUGCAUAUGGAACAACAGCUGAUGCUGUUGAUGAUUAUGUUCGAAUUGGUGAGAGUACAACAAUAGAGAUUCUAAGAAGAUUUUUUAAAUCAAUUGUUGAAGUCUUCGGAUCCGAAUAUCUCAGAUGCCCAAAUACUGAAGACGUGUCUAGAUUACUAGCAGAGAAUGGACAAUGA